AUGGGAGCUGAUGAUUUAAAUGGAGCAAUACAAGGAUUAUUACGUUUGCAAGAUACUUACAAAUUAAAAACUAAAGAUUUAGCUAAUGGAAUUGUUGAGGAUAUUAAUAUAAACAAACAAAUGGAUGCAAAAGAUUGUUAUGAAAUAGGUUUGGCUGCAUAUAAUGAAGAGGUUAUAAUUUUUAGUUAUGAAAAUCCUAAAAAUUUUCGCAUGCGACGUUAA